ACGGUCAUGGCGGACACAGUCGCUCUUCACACCUGCAAAACUCAGCCAACUCGAGUCAUCGUCAACAGAGUUCACAAUCUCGUCCACUUAACGGCCAAAUUAGCCCAAUUCUACUACAGAUUCUCCCGCCUCUUCCUAGGCGGGGUACCCAUUUUGCCAUGGCUGCUCAUCACCGUCUCCGAGGCCCUUUUCGCCUUCCUGUGGGUGCUGGCGGCCGCGUUCGAGUGGCGUCCGGUGGCCCGCACGGCUCACCCGGAGAACAUCCCCGCCCAAACUGAGCUGCCGGCGGUGGACGUGUUCAUUGUCACGGCGGAUCCCAAGAGGGAGCCGGUGCUGGAGGUGAUGAACACGGUUGUGUCGGCCAUGGCGCUCGACUACCCUGCCGAGAAGCUGGCUGUGUACCUCUCCGACGACGGCGGCUCUUCCUUGACUCUGUUUGCUAUUAGGGAAGCGGGUUCGUUUGCGAAGUGUUGGCUCCCGUUUUGUAGGAAGUAUGGGAUCAAGACUCGGUGCCCGGAAGCGUAUUUUUCGCCGUCCGGCGAUCGGGAUCGGCUCUGGACUGAUGAAUUCAAAGCAGACGAAGAAGUGAUCAAGGCAAAAUACAGAUCAUUCAAGCAAAAGGUCGAAAAAGCAAAUGGAAGUGAUGGGAUUGACGAUGAAGUUGUGCAUGAUCGUCCUGCUCUUGUUGAGAUAAUACAUGAUAGAAAGGACGGAAUGGACAAUGACGAACAAGCUAAGAUACCUCUUCUUGUAUACGUAUCUCGAGAGAAGAGACCAUCUCACCCUCAUCGCUUUAAAGCCGGAGCCCUCAAUGCUCUUCUUCGAGUGUCUGGGAUAAUGAGCAACGGGCCCUACGUGCUUGUGUUGGACUGUGACAUGUACUGCAAUGACCCAUCAUCAGCAAGGCAAGCAAUGUGCUUCCAUCUUGAUCCCAGCGUAUCUCCAUCUCUGGCCUUUGUACAGUACCCUCAAAUGUUCCACAAUCUUAGCAAGAAUGAUAUCUAUGACAACCAGUCAAGAUCUACAUACAUGUUGAGGUGGCAAGGCAUGGAUGGGCUGAGAGGCCCUGUCUUCAGUGGCACAGGCUACUACAUGAAGAGAAAGGCCAUGUAUGGAACUCCUAACAAUGAGGAUGCAUUUCUAGAUGAUCCAGAGAGGAAUUUUGGCUUGUCCAGCAAAUUCAUUGAUUCAUUCAAGGGCAAAAAUGAGCCAACAUCCAAUUCAAUUGUGCAUGAGGCUAGGAAUUUGGCUAGUUGCAAUUUUGAGAAAGGCACUGAAUGGGGCAAAGAGAUUGGUUACUCUUAUGUGAGCUUGUUGGAGAGCAGUUUCACAGGGUACCUCUUGCAUUGCAGAGGAUGGAGGUCUGUGUACCUAUAUCCAAAAAGGCCGUGUUUCCUGGGCUGCGCGCCUGUGGACAUGAAGGACACCUCGGUUCAGCUGAUGAAAUGGACUUCGUCCAUGAUCCAAAUAGGCUUGUCGAGGUUUAGCCCUCUCACGUAUGGCGUGUCGCGAAUGUCUGUGCUCCAGAGUAUGUGUUACGGGUUCCUCACACUUUUCCCCCUCUUGUCCGUUGCUCACAGCUUAUAUGGCACCGUUCCUCAACUGUGCCUUCUCAGUGGCGUCCCCUUAUUCCCUAAGGCCUAUGAUCCAUGGUUUGCAGUGUUUGCGAUUUCCUACAUGUCCUCUACUUCCCAACAUCUAUUCGAGGUAUUCUCCACGAAUGGAUCGGUCAGGACAUGGUGGAACGAGGAGAGAAUCGGGAUGAUCAGGUCACUGUCAGCAUUCUUGAUCGGGUUUCUGGACGCUGCAAUGAAGUGGUUAGGCAUGACGAAGACAAAGUUCAGACUAUCAAACAAGGCCCUGGAGAAAGAGAAGGUGGAAAACUAUGAGAAGGGCAAGUUUGAUUUCGAGGGGGCUGAUAUGUUCAUGGCCCCCUUGGCAACAAUAGCCCUUAUGAACUUGGUGUGCUUCAUUGGUGGGCUGGCAAGGGUGGCGCUUGAAAGAAGCUUGGAUGAGUUGCUUGCUCAGCUUCUCAUUUGCUCCAUGAUUCUGGCUAUUAACUAUCCCAUACUUGCAGGGAUAGUUCAGAGAAAAAGCAAGUCAUGAAAGCAUUAAGCUGCUUUCAGUUUCAGCUUCUCUGCCUCUCCUCACAAAAUAGUCUGCUUUAUGUGCUCCAUCGCAUGACUCUGAUGAGUUGAUGAUCAAAAGGGUGGUUUUACUUGGAAUAGGAUGAAAUAAACACAA